AUGGGUGUCGUAUCUGCCGUCCUCGCCGUUCUCAUCACCAUCUUCUCUGUCACAGUCCCGCCCGUCGGCGUGUUCCUCGUGGCAGGAUGUGGAAUGGACUUGUUCAUCAAUAUCUGCCUGACGCUCCUCGGCUACAUCCCUGGUCACAUACAUGCUUUCUACCUCCUCUACGUCUACUAUGAACGUCGCGAGCAGGCCAACGAGGGCCGGUUCGCCGCCCGCCGCGCGCCCGGCGUCUACUCGGAGAACGUCCAGUCUGGUGGCGUCGGGUACGGAACCAUGGCGCCGCCUGCUACCGCGCCGCCUCCCAACUAUCGCUGA